UUGAAACGGCAGAUUCGGCGGGAAAACACCAGGACGCCAUUUUGAACACGAAAAAUCCGACGGGCCGAGCUUUUCUUCCUCGUCCGAGGCAUCGUUUCUGGAUGAUUUCGCCACGGAAACGGGUCGUGUUCGACACCGCCUGAUCGCUGAAAGCGCCGUGGUCCCGCAGGGACACGUUUGAUCCAGGUGCGUGUACUGAAGAGGGGCGGCCAUGUUUUACGCCCACUUCGUGCUGGCCAAGAAGGGCCCUCUGGCCCGGAUCUGGCUGGCCGCCCACUGGGAUAAGAAGCUGACCAAAGCCCACGUCUUUGAGACCAACAUCGAGACCAGCGUCGAGGGAAUCCUACAGCCCAAGGUGAAAAUGGCCCUGCGAACCUCGGGGCACCUGCUGCUGGGCAUUGUGCGCAUCUACUCGCGCAAGGCCAAGUACCUGCUGGCAGACUGCAACGAGGCCUUCAUCAAGAUCAAGAUGGCGUUUCGUCCGGGGGCCGUCGACCUCCCCGAGGAGAACCGCCAGGCCGCCCUCAACACCAUCACCCUGCCCGAGGUCUUCCACGACUUCGAGGCAGGCAUGCCUGACCUCAACAACAUUGACAUGGAGGCCGCAGUAACGCUGAACCAGAGCCGAGCGGAGGACAUCACUCUCAAGGAGGACUACGGGUCGCUCAGCUUGCUGAACGACGACGGCUUCGGCGACAUGGGGUUCGAUGACCCCGAGAUGGCCCGAGAGGCGACCAACAUCGACGAGGCCUUUGACCAGGCCAGCCUGCUUCUGGGCUCCUCCGCGGUGAUGGCCAGGGGCUCAGACCAGCGGUCGGCCGCCCAGAGCUCCCAGGCCGGGGAGGAACCCUCCGCACUGGGGGCACCCUCUGGGAACGACCUGGACGCGGGGGCGCACGGCAGGGACGACCCCUUCGGGGCGCAGGGCAGCAGCGCGGGGGACGGACCCAGCGAGGACAACCUGCUCGAGGGGGACCAUGGUAACCUGUUUGAGCCGGCGGGGCUGUUUGACGACGCCCCCCUGGGCCACGUGCCGCUGGACGCCAGCGGCUCGGACCGGGGGGACGCGGGAGGACCCCCGGGCACCGAGGGGGACCAGCUGCCGGGCCCCGCCCCUAGGCCGGCCCCUGCAGCGGAGGAGAGCGACGACGACGACGACAUGUACGACAUGGGCCCCCCCUCUAUGGGUGCCCCUUCGGGCCCCUCGAGCCCCGGCAGCUCGGUGGGCGUCCCCGAGGGCCCCGACCCGGACGGGGUGCCGGGCCCUGCCCAGGCCCCCCCAGGCGCGUCUGCAGAGGCCUUCGAUGGGGUCAUGGCACCCCCGGCCCCGCCGACGCCGGCACCCCAGGCCCCCGAGGUCCCCGCCGACGUCGCGGCGGCGCCGGCCGACCAGACAACCCUCAUCAACAACGAGGACGAGAGCUUCGCCCUGGCACCGCUUGACUCCACCGUGGUUCAGGGGGUGGAGAAAGCCAAGACCAAGCGCAAGCGCAAGCUGAUCGUGGACGAGGUGAAGAACAUUUCGGGGGAAGAGAUGAAGUCACAGCUGUCGGACACGAGCGACAUCAUUACCACGCUGGACCUGGCGCCCCCCACCAAGCGGCUCAUGCACUGGAAGGAGACCGGCGGUGUGGAGAAGCUAUUUGCCCUGCCUGGGCGGCCCAUACUCUCCAAGACCCUCUCCAGGCUGUACCAGCGGCAUCUGACGACGAAGGCAGUGGAGAACGAAGACUUUGGGGGAGAGGAGGACCACAUCCUCCUGGAGGAGGAAGAGGCCGCCGAGCAGAUGAGGCUCGCCGAGGAGGAGAGCCUCGCCCUGCACGCCAAGAGGCGUCGCCUGGAGGAGGAACUUGUGCAGCCCCACGGCACCCCUCAAGGCCCUCCCUCGUUCGACCUGGGCCAGCCGGACUUUGGCCAGGGGGCCCACCUGGUCCAGGGGGCGGACCCCUACGCCUCCCCAGUGCCCAUGCCCCCCAUGGUUCCGCCCCCCGACUACAGCCACCAGCAGCCGCAGAUGCAGAUGCAGAUGCAGGCGCAGAUGCAGCCCCAGAUGCAAGCCCAGAUGCAGCUGCAGGACGGCUGGCCGCAGCAGGACUAUGGCUACCCCGGCAGCGUGCCGGCCACUCCCGUGCCGGACUACCAGCACCCGUUCCAGCUGGGGCCGCCCACGCCCCAGGGGGUGAUGAUGGGGCACCCCAUGACGCCCCUGCACCAGCACCACACGGAGGAGGACCACCACCAGAAUGCCCUGUUCCCGCCACUGCAGCCGGAACCGCUCAUGGAGUACCCGAGCCAUCCACAGCCACCCACGCCGGCACCACCCUCCACGCCGCCCCUGAUGGUCCCUCCCACCCCCGUGGCCCCACCCACCCCGAUGGCCCCUCCCACUCCCAUGGCCCCGCCCACCCCGGCUGCCCCGCCCUCGCUACCCCACCACCUGGCCGAGGAGCCAACCCACCCCCCGUCCGAGUUCGACGCCCUGGUGGCGGCAGCCUCAAGUUCGGCUCUGCACGGCUACGAGGAGGCGCCGCAGCCGACGCAAGCUGAGGGCGAAGCCGAGCCCCUGCCCGAGUUGCAGACGGAACUGGGGGAGGAGGAGUUGGCGGCCCAGCAGCAGCAGCAGCAGCAGCAGGCGGCUCAGCAGAUGGACGACGACGACGACUACGGAGCACCGACCUCUGUCGGACCGCCUGACGAGCAGCUGGCAGAUGAGACAUACGAGCAGUUCGAGGAGCGCAUCCUGAACAAGCGCACGGUGCACAUGCUGCACACGAUCCGCACGCCCCUGGAGUGCGGCCGCCGGGUGGUGUUCAGCGACCUGGCGCGCAACUGCAACCGCAAGCAGGUGGCGCAGAAGUUCUACACAUUCCUGGUGCUGAAGAAGCAGCAGGCUGUGGAACUCAGCCAGGACGGUCCGUACGCGGAGCUCUACAUCGAGCGGGGCCCCAAGUUCGAGCAAUCGCUCUAGCAGGCGCCCCAGGUCCGACGCUGCCACUCUCACUUCCUCUGUACAUAGCUCGGGGGCCAGUCUUCUCUCCAAUUCGAUUCUAUUUCUUUUUCUUUUUUAAUCGCCGCUACUAACCAUUUCGUUUGUCGCUCUUUUAGGUUUUAGUCUAUCGUUGAGAUGUGUCUUCUCGAAGUGUAAAUGAGGCGGCUGGGGGCGGGACGGGGAGGCGUUUCCCCUCUUUUACUCCGGCGUUUUAUCCCGGAGUUGGCAUACCUAACUUUGCUCCUCGUCCCGACGACCGUCCGUCUGCCCCUUUUUUUAAAGGAUCGCAGGGAUCCGACGGUUCUGCUGUACAUAAGGGGCCGCAAACGUGCAGAUCCGACGCGGAAAUUUGAGGUGCGGCGCGAUGCUGGCCGACGGCAGCUGGUUUUUAAGCGUAGGUGGUUUGGAUUCUGUACGCCCGACGAGGAGUGCACUUGUUUUACUCGUUUUUCCCUACGCAAGCGCUUUAAAUUGACGCGGCGUUCACCGCGCGGUUGCCGCGUCGAAUCGGGAGUGCCAAACGGGAACUGGGACGGCUCGCAGCGGACGGUCAAUUUAGCCCGACCGAUUUUUACGGAGAAAAAUUUUAAGGUUGGCGAGGGAGGGUUUUGGUACCUCGAAUAUUCUUAUUGUGAAGCGCGGCAUUUUAGAAAUAAGCCGGGAGGUCGGUAGAAACCCGCGUUGAAACUGCACUGGUCGGAAAGCAACUUCCGUAGCCGCGAGGCUUUUUUUCAUUCUUAUGUCAAGGGCACGAAAACUUUGAUCGUGGCAAAUUUACCUUUGCCCCAGCACACUCAGUUGCGACUUGCCUCAAUUUCGGUUUCCGUUUGUGUCUCGCGCCGUUUCGUCUGCAUUCCAUCUGCCGAGGUUUUUCCUCCCACCUGCUGUCGAUGGAUUGCUCCCUAAUUUACAAAGAGCAUCGUGUUUCUUCUCGCAGAGCGCAUUCUUGUCAAGUGGGGGGUUUGUGUGUGUACAUUUGAUGGAGGUUGAGGGUAUUACUCCAGUGUAAAUAGUCCAUUUACGAAACACAUUGAAGGCUACGUGCACGUUCGGCUGCACAUGCAAUUUUCCCGAGUCGCACCUCUUCGCGUAAAAGUGCAGCGCCUCGUUUGCUCGUAACCUCGUUCGAAACCCGCGGGAGAUCUCGUUUUUUGGUCGCGUCCAUCGAAGCGCGCGAGAGGUAUGCUGCAUUCGACCCAGGCGAGAAAUGUUUAGUGUGUUUUGCUUUCUUUUGUUUUUGCAUCUUUUUUUUUUUUUUUUCUGGAUAUGAAACAAAAAGCUGUUGUGAAUAUUCUACGAUAAAAAGCCGGUUGUCGAACUGUCGCGGCGAAGACGUUCUACAAAGUUGUAAAUUCAUGUCAACGAGUCGCGAGUCGUUUGGAAGAUAAACAUUGAUUCACCCGAA